UUAGGCUCAAACUUGCGAAGAACAGGCUAGGGAACAGAGCAACCAACAGCAACAGAAACAGCAACAGUACAGCCUUAUUUCGUGAAAGGGCAAACCAAUUGAGGAGGCGUUCGAGAGAUGAAUUCACCACAACAUGCGAUCCUAGGAGCCGCUGUGCUCGGCAUGCUGCUCGCCUUUGGCUGCACGCUGCCCGUGCUGGAUGUCAGCUCCGGACUGGACAAUGCCACCCUCGAGCAGCUGCAGGCGAAUGACAGCGAUACGCCCAAGAAUCUGUACGUGGUCAAGGCGGUGGUCUAUGAGAUCGGCAUACUCACCGAGGUGGGCGACAAUGACACGGACUUUGAGAGCCAGGAGCGUGUGGAUCUGACCUUCUACGAUGCGCACACGAAUCAGAGUCACAUUGAUCUGGGCAAUAUACCGCUGCCCAUUCAGACCAAUGUCUCCGGCCAGGUGCUAACGGGCAUUGCCCCCAUCAACAUCGGCGCAUUCAGCAGUCCCCAGGAGCUGCUCCAGACGCUCCCACUGACGGGCAGCAUUGUCAAUAUAACGCACAGUGACACGGCCUUCUAUCAGCUGACCAAGUCGAAUGCGAGCGACUUAGAGAAGCCACAAGUGCUCAGCGAGGAUGACUUAGCCAAGCUGACGCAUGCCUCGGAGCUGUUCCCGCCGAACGGAGCGCUAGGUGGCCUGGGCGGGACAGCCGCCUCCAAUGAUUUGGACGAUAAGUCGGAGGAGGAGUCGCAAUAAAUCAAUUGAAGCUAAACUCCAAAUUUGGAAUUCUGAUACCGAAAUAAUGCAGUGCGUUGUGCCCCCUAUCAUAAUACCCAUAUGAAACACAUAUCACAUAAGAAAAAGUAUUGUAAACCGUAGUAAAUAAGUGUUAUUAGCGACAGUGUUAGACAAGACUGCAAGAGAUGGAGUCCGUUAGGUAGAACAAGUAGAAAGUACCGCCCUCAGCAUUGACUUAGCCAUAGUCAAAUCAUUUUUUGUAUACGUAAACAUAAUAAUUAAAGAAAAAUGAACAA